CUCUAAUUCACACAACUUCAAGAGAUUUAGGCAUCUCAGCCGGGCAGACGGUUCUCUGAGACCCAUCUUGUGAGACCUGUAAGGUAAAAACUGGUGAUAUUAAGAUAGUUAUUACUAGUAAAAGUUUGAUUGCGCUGAUGGCCUAGUUGGGACCAUCACCCUGAACAGCAAUGAUAUCUCCCCCUAUCUACAGGGGUUGGGUCGUGCUUGGGAUUGCUAUUCUAGUAUUCGUGCUCUGGGCCGGGGUCGUUACUUCGUGGGGAACAACAAUCUUGUGCUUUCAGCAGGAUGAAGAUUUCCCGUCAUCGUCUCUUGCAGCACUAGGUGCCCCGUUAACAGUCUACUAUGCGUUCAAACUUUCUCUUAGCAACUUCAUCUAUAUUGCGAUGUCCAAGAUUGGACAACUUGGUCUCAAGCAGGUCAUAGCUGUUGGACUGAUCUUGAUGGCGCUGGGAUUGUUGCUGACGUCACUUGCAAAUGAGCCCGUGUCUGUGGCCAUAUCAUUUGGAAUUUUAUCCGGCAGCGGCAGCGGGUUGGUUCUUAUUUGUACGUAUCUAGUGGUGGCACUCUGGUUCCCAUGGUCACACAAGUACCACGUGUUUACAACCAGUGCCGUGAACACCUUGCAGCCAAUUGGCUCAGCAAUUUUGAACAACCUAAGUGCCCAGAUGUGCUCAAAUCCGUCCCUGGGUUGGCGUUGGGCGUUCCGAAUAUAUACAGUUAUUCUCUCUUCUUUGGGGCUGCUUCUUCUCCUCCUGUACGGAAACCCGCCAGAGGCGACAAAUGAACAGCGAGGAUCCCAAUCAGACAAAAAGUCAGACUUUCUGCAAAAACCACCUUGGACCCUCGGCUCCAAAAUUGCAAUUUAUGUGAUCUGGGGCGUGGCGAUAUGUUGUAAGGGAUUCGCAUUCCAUUUACCUUUUGUUAUAAUAAAGUACAACAAAUAG